AUGUCAGAGCCUCCUCAGAGCAAACGGAGACGCGUCACACGCGCAUGCGACGAGUGUCGCAAGAAGAAGGUCAAAUGUGACGGACAACAGCCCUGUAUUCAUUGUACAGUGUACUCGUACGAGUGCACGUACAACCAGCCUACUAAGAGAAGCACAGCGACUGUGCCAGCAAUGCGGUCGCGGCCACCGCAAAAAAACGUGCGAGCAUUGCAAGUGCAGGUCAAUAAGUUCAAACUGCUGUUUGGCCAGUUGUUCCCGCAGUUGCCCGACGUAGAUUCUCUUGACGUACCUACCUUCGUCAAAGUGUUUCAAAAUUUCAACAAGGACAACCAGCAGCUCAAGGACACGGUCAAAGAGUACCUGAUGAUCGCAGGCUCUUCAGACACACCGCCGCAGCUGUCUGCGUCACCUGAAUCGACCGAGGCCGUGGAGGGUGUUGAUGGGUCUAUUCAGUCACAAGAAGGACGUGAAAUUAAAAUCAUACUGCCCCCCAAGCCUAUUGCGCUGCAAUUCAUCCAGGUUACUUGGGAGCACUGCUGCGUGCUCUUCCGUUUUUACCACCGACCUAGUUUUAUAAAAAAGCUCGAUGAGCUCUAUGAAACCGAUCCGCACGACUAUUCGCAUGCCCAAAUGCAGUUUUUACCCCUGUGCUACUCUGUCAUGGCAGUCGGUGCGCUGUUUUCGAAAUCUAUGCAAGAAGAUGACGACUCCAAAGGUUCGCCCAGUCAGUUCAUGCAGGAUGAAGGUUACAAAUACUUUAUUGCCGCUCGGAAGCUUAUAGACAUCACCAAUGCGCGCGACCUCAAUUCCAUUCAAGCAAUACUUAUGCUAUUUAUCUUUCUGCAAUGUUCAGCGCGUCUCUCCACUUGCUACACUUACAUCGGUGUCGCCAUGCGGAAUGCCCUCCGCGAGGGCAUGCAUCGUAAUCUCAGUAUGGAUGCACACGGCUUUACACCUAUUGAGAUAGAAAUGCGCAAGCGCUUAUUUUACACUAUCUACAAAAUGGACGUUUACGUCAAUACGAUGUUGGGGUUGCCGCGGAGCAUCUCACAAAGAGACUUUGACCAAACGUUACCUCUUGAACUCGCGGACGAAUACAUCACUGAAGAUGCUAUAUACCCCGAAAAGCAAGGUGAUACGUUGUCUUCUGCGGGCAUUGCCAACCAUCACACCAAGCUUAUUAUGAUUCUGGACAACAUCGUCGCGGAGCUCUAUCCCGUUAAAAAGACUAAUAAUCUAAUAUCACACGAGGUUAUCACGAAGCUUGAAUUGAAGUUACGUCAGUGGCUGAAUAAGCUACCACCUGAACUAAUCCCAGGUCUGAAAGAUAUUCCACCCAAGUACGAACGAGCCAACAGAUUACUACACCUUUCAUUUCUUCAAGUUCAAGUCAUCCUUUACAGACCGUUCAUCCACUAUCUUUCGGCAACUUCGCCAGCUAGCAGAGCGGAUUCACUCUCCAUUCAACGUGCUCGAAAUUGUAUAUCUGUGGCAAGAACUGUAGUUAAGUUGGCGCGUGAUAUGAUAGAAAACAAAGGUUUAACUGGUUCCUACUGGUUCAGCAUUUACACAAUUUUCUUCUCUGUGGCAGGUCUCAUUUAUUACAUUCAUGAGGUAACACCGACAGAUGAAGCGAGCAGACAGGAGUAUGAAGAGGUUCUUAAGGACGCAGAGCUUGGCAAAAAAGUACUUCUUCAUUUGAAGGAUACAAGUAUGGCGGCAAAUAGAACUUAUAACAUCUUGAACAUGCUAUUUGAGAAAUUCAAUUCUAGAACAAUCAGAUGGACUCAGGUAAAGCAAGAUCAAGAUAGCACACCCUCCUCUAACUCAGAAGCAGCGAUGCAACCAAAGGAUCACGUAAUAAAACUCGAUAAUACACCAAGUGCUUACACUCUCGAUUCUGUAAAUCCAGACUUGAUGACAUAUGAUAACUCCCAAGAUUAUCAAGCUAACACAACGUCGACUAUCUCGGGUAUGAACACAAUAAGCACAUCAAGUGCUUUAACUAACAAAGAAUUCAGAGGAAUCAGCGAAUCCCCAUUAGAUGUCGACAAGUUUUUUGACCUCAAUGACGAUCUAACGUCAUCGGCUCCGCAAGAAUCUAUUCAGGCACAAGGUGGCACUCCACAGAUAAAACUGAAAUUUGAAACGCCCACUGAGACCAAGAACGAGCAGCCCAUAUCGGAAUCCUACGUCCCUGGAGCAUUUGAUCAAUUGGAUGUACAACUAUUUGGGAGAUAUCUUCCACCCUAUAUGUCUCAGCCGAAAAAUUCGCCUAAUAAUUGA